UGUCAGUGUCAAUAAAUACAAAUAUUUCUUUAAAUAUUAAGCUUGCCUUUAUCCUCAUUAUUUCAGAAUUAAUUUUAUGAAGUUCCCAUUACGGACGGCGAUUUUAAUUUGGUAUUAUAGCUAAAAAUGGGCUCUGAGCAGUCCAUGCCACCCAAGAAUCAGCCACAAAGGGCACCUCCUGUUAGACGAGGGCACACUAUAGCUGGUACAAAUGUACCAGAUUCCCACAGAGGUGAUGCAACUACCAGUGGUAAUAACUCUCCCGGGGCCAGCAUAUGUUCAGACUCUGAGUUACCAUAUAUAUCUUACACUGUUGAUCGUCCUAUUGGAGAUUCUCCCAAACAUUCGUCAAAGAAUCAAAGAAUGGCAGAGAAUAAAAAGUCUCUACUACAGAGGCGUCAGAUGAGUCUGCAGGCACGGAAGACCAAACGUGCCAGGGAUAUUGUUGUUGUUAAACCUGCGUCAGAUACACAGUUGGAUGAAGAUAUACAAAGAUUGCAGGAAAUUCCUACAUUUCUCCCCAUCAUGAGGGGUACCCUUGGUUUGCCCGGUGCUCGUGAUCCUGAAGUGAUAGCUGGACUAGAUUAUCGACCGUGGAUUCGUAUGACGACGCGGCUGCAGGCGCACCUCUCCGCCUGCGCACAGCCCAUUGCCGCUGACGAACUCACGCUAGCUUCUAAAGUUAAAGAGAUAGAUGCGGAGAUCUCCCGUCUCUAUUCGUUGUUGGUGGAUAGACAGAGAGCGAACGCGCGGCACGCGGAGCGGCUGUCGCGCGUGCGAGAGGUCGCACACCACUUAUCCAGAUGCAGGUCUCUCGUCAACCAGUCAUUACAAGACAUCGAAGAACUGAAUCUUUUACUACCUGAGAACAAAAGAUUGGAGCCUUUCGUAUGGAACGAAGAAAAUACCUCAUAAUCAAUAAUAUAUAUAGAAAUGUUAUUUACAAUAUAAGCAACAUGAUCACAUGUGAAUUCUAUGCCGAGUUUUAUGUCGCUUAGAUCCCGUUUGGGAAGAUCUCACCUUGUUUUAAAAUCUGAAUUAAAUAUAUUUAAUUUUUAA